UAUAUUGAAUAAAUUUUACAUUGAAAUAUUUCAAUUAUUUCAAGUAGUUUCACUCAAAAUUAGACACGGAAUGUUGACCCUGGUUUCCAAAUACAGACUUUUUGUGUACUGCUUCGUGUAUAUAGAUUGUUGACAUCUUGGGUAUUGGAUGGGGCUCUCCGUUAAAUCUUAGACCAGUCCCCCGCCUCAGGUAACCGUGCGGUAAAAACAUUGGGUCUUUAAACCGGUCUUUGUUAUUGGUAUUUUGAGUUUGCCGCAUUGCAACGUUGUGCGGAAAAAAUUGAUGCACUAAAUUCAAUAAACAUAUGCCAUGUUGAAUUAAGGAUCUAACCAACCUUUUUCUUGUUGUUGACAAAUGGAACAGUUCUAUAGAACCCUCUUCCUUUAAAAUGGGUAAGUUUUUCACACUGAAUCGAAGCAAAGCUUGUGGAAUAAUACUCGAUUUAUUGAAUAAUUUUGUAUUCAUUUUACAGGUAAAAUUAAUGCUUGAAAAAAAAUGGCGACAUUUAAAUGCGUCAUUUAUAAUUCAGUCUAAAUGUCAUGAUGUAUUUAAAAUGCUUAUUUUAAAUUAUUUAAGGAGAUAAACUGCACCAUGCAAGUAACAAGUACUUGAAAUGUUGAACAAAAGUUUAAGAAAGUGUCCAUAUGAAGACUGGGAGAAAUCAGCAAUAUCGGCUUGUAGUCCUUCGGAGAAUUUCCAUUGUUUACAAGACGAAUACGACCAUAUUGGAUGGAUAUGCACAGAACCAAUAUGGGUUGAAAAAGGUAGAUGUCCUGUUUAUAAUUCUGGGGCCAAAAAGCUGGAUUCUGUUUUCUGCAAAACAGAUAACUGUCCAUCAGAAAAUUACAGAUCGAAUUAUGCUUAUAUAAAGAAGGGCUGUCGUUUGAACACACAAAAAAUAGAAGACAAGAAUAAAAUAAACAACACUGUUACCACUGAUACUGGCGUCAACAAAACAGUGCCCAUUGAAUACCUUGCAAUUAUUGGAGUAGCAUUUCUUCUUUUGCUUGCUGUAAUCAUAAUCCUGGUUAUCUUCAUUAGAAAGCGGU